UCCGGAAGUCAUGGGGAGAGGGGCCUGAGCAGCGGCGCGUUGGGAUCGGUAUGGCUACUGAGGGGGACGUGGAGCUGGAAUUGGAGACCGAGACCAGUGGUCCUGAGCGGCCUCCCGAGAAGCCACGAAAGCAUGACAGUGGUGCGGCGGACCUGGAGCGAGUCACCGACUAUGCCGAGGAGAAAGAAAUCCAGAGUUCCAAUCUGGAGACGGCCAUGUCGGUGAUUGGAGACCGACGGUCCCGGGAGCAGAAAGCCAAACAGGAGAGGGAGAAGGAACUGGCAAAAGUUACCAUCAAGAAGGAAGAUCUGGAGCUGAUAAUGACAGAGAUGGAAAUCUCACGAGCAGCAGCAGAGCGGAGCUUGAGAGAACACAUGGGCAAUGUGGUAGAGGCCCUUAUUGCCCUAACCAACUGAUUUGUGCUUUCUCAGACCUACCCACUGGAUUUAUUUCAAUAAAGAUUUGGCCUUUUUUUUUUUUUUUUUU